AUGCACUUAAUGGUAAUAUUUAACGCUGAAUCUUGGGCAUAUUUGCGGAUUGAUCGGUUUAGCGUCCGGGAUAUACCACCGAUUAGAAACGAUGACCAACUGUAUGUAUUUAGAGCUGUUGAAUCACCGUAUCAUACAUUACCGCAACUUUCUUUGGUGCCACCAAAUUUUUUUAACAUAACUAUGACUUAUAGGUAUGUAACAAAAGCGUUGUCUCGAAAAACUGAAUCAGUGCUCGAAAUUAGUGACAUCUGUGAAACAGUAACUGGUUCAGAAACGUAUAAAUACGUUCUAAAGAAUUACAUAAAUGUUACUGAAAUGGGCAACUGCUUUGGUUACAAGUGCAACUCAAGUUGUGAAGAAGAUUACUAUGCAUCUCAUCAUUUUCUGCUGGCAUUUGAAAAGGAAAUCUGCAAAGAUUAUGUGACGAAGAAAUUUUUUAAAAUUAAGCAACAUUUUAUUGUCCCAAUUGUUUUGAAAGACUCUAUCUACCGAAACAUUGCUCCACCAUACUCUUAUAUUGCUGCUGACAAUUUUGCAUCACCAAAACAGCUCGCUGACUAUCUGAAAUAUCUUGAAAGAAAUCAUGAAGAAUAUAAAAAAUAUUUUGAAUGGCGACGAAGUUUUCGAAAAGAACGAGUAGAGCCAAAUUUUUGUGAACUAUGCAAGAUGUUGCACGACGUCCAAAGACCUAGAAAAGUUAUUUCAGAUAUUCAUAGCUGGUGGAACACAUAUAGUAAAUGCCAGGAAGAUUACGGUCGAACCAUAGCAAUUUCAAAUCGAAUUUUUAGGUUUUACAAGAAAUUUGUAGUGCGUGAACCAACCGAAAUUUUGAAUUUUAUUAUACGUAAUUACAUUUAG